AAGAAUCUCUCUAAAAGUGGAUACCCACUCUCUCUACUAAUCCACUUCUCUCUCUACUAAUCCAACACUAAUCUGUUUCUUAAUCACACAACAAACCAUUCCCAACUAUUGUUUAACUUAGUGGGCAUCGCAGCCUUCACUUUUUUUCCUUUUUUAAUCGUUGUAAAGAUACCAGCCUUCACUUUUUUUCCUUUUUUUCUCCAUUAUUUGAUUGCCCAUCUUCUAAUCUUGAAACCAAUCUUGGAAACUUUGAUUUUCUUGAAAAAUCUUGAAAUGGGUUGUUCUGGAUCAUCUCGGGCCAAAGGAAAUGAGCACUCAAAGAAGAUCCGGAGGCCAAAACCUUGGAAGCAUUCUGAACCAAUUACUAGAACACGACUCCUGCAAAUGCGUGAUGAGUUUUGGGAUACUGCUCCUCAUUAUGGUGGGAGGAAAGAGAUAUGGGAUGCACUUCAUGCCGCUGCUGAAGCUGAUAUAACUCUUGCUCAAGCCAUUGUGGACAGUGCUGGUGUGAUCGUUCAAAGCGAGGACUUGACAAUUUGCUACGAUGAAAGAGGUGCAAAGUAUGAACUUCCUAAAUACGUUCUGAGUGAGCCAACUAAUUUAGUUGGAGAUGAUUGAAAAUGUGGUAACCAAUUCUUGAACUGUAUAUAAAGCUUUCUCAUUUUAUAGUAGCCUCCAUUUUCAUAAUUUUCAAAAGCUCGGUAGAACGUUAUGACUCAAAUGGAUAACUAGCUCUGUCUGCUCAUCGGUGAGGAUUUUUCAAGCAGCAUGUGACAGUUUCUAAAGGAACAUGUAAUAGAAUGACUCAUGUACAUUAGUAUGUAGCUGGAAGAGGAUUAGACUUGAAGAAUUUUGAAUGCAAUGCAGAAUUUAAAAUACUAUUGCAGCUGGUCUAUGAUUUCAAGU